AUGGCAACAAAUAUUAUUAUUAUUAAUAGCCCAUCAGAUGAUGAAGAUUCGAAAUCUGAAAUCGAACAGCGUCGGCUAUUACGUCCGCCAUCACCAUCAGAUAUACCACAGAAAACUUUCAAACCACUUCCACAGACUAUAAUUAGAUCGAUUGAAAACAAUCGAAAACAACGUUUUCCUCAUUCGCGUUCGACUUCAGAUUUUUAUACUAUUCAACAGUCAUCAAUCGAUACAACUGAUGAUGAUAUCGAUGAUAAUUAUGAAACAACAACAACGACGACGACAACAAAUUCAAGUCGAAAACGUUUAUUAGCUUUAACUCGUAUUAAACGAUCGCCAUCAGAUGUUCGUGUUACUUUAUUUCCUAAUGAAAAUGUAACAAAAAGAUCGGCUGUAGUAAAAAGUUCAAAUGAAAUUCAUAGUUCCGAUCAAUCGCUGGAUGACAUUAAAUCUCCCAAACAAAAAAGCACGGAACAUCGACUCAAUCGUCGAAUUCAUACAUCAUUGUCUUCGGCGACAUUACGUUCAAUACGUCGAAAUCUAUCGGCACAAAGUCUCGUUCAACGUUCAAAUCGUCGACAGACAUAUUAUCUAUCAAGAAAUUCAAAAUGGCAUUUUGUUCGCAAUCAUUUACAUGAUGUUGCUAUGAUGAGUCAACCCUACGCACGUAUGAAAGCAAUUGAGCGUAAUCUACGUUGGAUGCAUCUACGUGAAGAAAUAUGUAAGCAAGUACUGGACAUGCGUGAAAUAUCAAUACUUCGCCAACAAGAUGAUGGAAUAGUGAAAAAACACCCUAAGACUGGUUUUGAUUUAAAAUCUAUCUCUCCGAAUGAAGUUGUGUAUGUUGAACACGAUGGUCAAAUUCAUUCGAUGGGCAUACGCGAUCUUGUUGUAGGUCGUUUUAUUCGGGACAAACAGAUGACAUUAGAUGCAUGGGCUCAAUUAGAUGCAAGAAGAAAAAUUCAAGUCCAACAAGAUAUAUUAAAACAGCAAGAAGGAAGAGCUCGUUUGAAAAGGCAUAUCGCGUUCUCAUUUUGUUUAUGUAAUUUAUCGUUUAUUAUUCUUAUGUUUGCUGCUAUGUUCGUUUUUGCUACAACGGUUAUAGUUGAAUUGAGAUCGAAAGAAUUCCUUUGA